GAGUCUAUUCGGAUUUCGAAUCGUAUUUAAAAUUUUUCUUUGUAUCGAGUUUUAGAUUCCGGGUCGAGAAAAGACUGGGUUUCGACACUAGGAUCGGGGUUUUGGGCACUCGGCCCAUCCCUUCUGUAUUUCAUCAAUUUAAUUUUUAAUAUAUAUUUUAUCUUCUUUUUCUCUUUUUAAAUUUAUUUUAUUUUUAAAUCUUUUCCUGAUAUUCUCAAUUAAUAAAAAAAUUGUUUUAUUUUUAAGGCAAUUAAUUAAUUUUAAAUAAUAUUAAUUAUUUGAUGGAUUGGUCUAUCUGUACUUUAACCUCCCGGGGCACUCGAAUUUGCCCUGGAGGUACUGAAUAUUUUAUAAGAAAUGUAUAUCCACCUAUUCAAGAACUUCAACCAAAAGUAUUGGCUGUUGUAAUUAUUUUUACUUUAUGUUUGGUUGUUGGAAUAUGUGGAAAUGGUUAG